AAAUAUAUAUUUUACUUUCAGUUUCAUUUCUUCGUUUGCGACGGUCGGUUUGGUCCAGUUUGAUAUAGUUUUCAGCGUUGGAAAGACUUGGAAAAAAAGAAAUCAUGAAAACGGUUUUGUCCGUAGUUGCUUUCUGCGUCGUGUUGGUAACCAUAAACGCAAAAGAAUCUCCCCCCAAGGUGCAGGUGUACAGCCGUAACCCAGGGGAACAUGGGAAGGACAACACCCUGAUCUGUCACGUGAGUGGCUUCCACCCCCCUGACAUCAGCAUCCAGCUCCUGAAGAACGGCGUGGAGAUCCCCGACGCCAAGCAGACAGACCUGGCCUUCGAACAGGGAUGGCAGUUCCACCUCACCAAGAGUGUUGGCUUCACACCAGCCAGCGGAGAGGAGUACACCUGCAGAGUCCGCCACCUGAAGAAUCUGAAGACCUACACCUGGGAAGCAGAUAUGUAAGGCUUCGGUGCUCAUCGCUGCAGAGUACACCAGCCUCUGAGAAUCUCCACUCUGGAUGCUGUGGAUAUUCCUGGGAAUCAUCUUCACAAAAACUCAAAACUCAUCUCCACAACACUGUCCUGUCAAAACACUGCAGGUGAAAUCUGUAAUGACUCUCUGCACAUUGUGAUUUAUCAUUGAACUUAAAUUGUAUUUUAUUUGACCAGUGCUUGAUUUGUGUGGUAUUUGAUGUGUGUAAGUAAUGAAGCUCAUAUAUGUGGGAUUGUAAAUCUGCACCAGAGAACACCCUAAUUGCAGCCAGGCUUAUAAUGUGUCAACCUAUACAGUAGGACCUGGGCUAUGUAAUGUGUUAGCCCAGGUCCUACUGUAUAGGUUAUGUGGGCUUUUCUCUUAGCUAUGAUCAGGAAAUAAGUACAAUUGAUCAAUCCAGAUGUGAUUGAUGAGAAAUGUAGAACUUUAAUCUGUUUUUAAAUAGCGUAGAUUAUUACGUGCUUUCUCUUUUGGUUUUUAAAAUCACAUCACCAAAAUAAAUAAAGUCUGACUUGAUUGUCGUUGAACUACCAA